AGGACGCGUCGUACCUAGCAUGCAGACUUCCAAACGAGACACAGCCAUUGUGUUUUAUAAGGGCAGUCAAGGAGAAUUUUGCGACAGAAGCUGUCAAUUUACGGCUCACCCCAUUUUGUAUUGUGUAUCCGCAAAGGAAACUUUGGUCGAAACACGCUAGUUGACACUACGCUAAUAAUGGUAGAGCCGAGAAGGUUACUAUCGUGAAAGAAGUUCUGCGCGUGUGCAAACUUCGCCCACCUUUGAGGAAGGAACAAACGUCAGUAGGACAGAGUUUAAAUAUUAUACAACAUCAGCUGUCGCACAGACAGCACAUCGUCUAUAAGAAAGUCCAGCAGAACAACCAUGAAUCCUGAUAUUAGCCGUGAACGGGGAAAUGCCUCGUUUGACCUGGAGAUCCUUACAAACAUACUGGACGGUGGUGCAGAAAAGACUCGCAGGAGGAGAGAAAUAGAGUCUUUGGUUAUCAGAGAUCCAGACUUCCAGCAUGAAGACCUGAACUUCCUCUCCCGCAGUGAGAGAUAUGAUGCAGCAGUAAAGAAGAGUGCUCAGAUGAUUGUGAAGCUUAGGGAGUAUGGCAUCUCUGAUCCAGAGGAGAUCUACUCAUACAAGAGUGUUGUAAAGGGCCUGCACCAUGAGCCCUUUGGUCUCCACUAUGCCAUGUUUUUGCCCACCAUAAACAGCCAGACUACUGCUGAACAACACAGAAAGUGGAUCCCGUUAGCUGAGUUAUGCCAGGUGUUAGGCACCUAUGCUCAAACUGAGCUGGGGCACGGUACACACAUCCGUGGUCUUGAAACCACAGCAACCUAUGACCCUUCCACCCAAGAGUUUGUUCUGAACAGUCCAACCAUCUCCUCUAUAAAAUGGUGGCCUGGUGGAUUGGGUAAAACUUCAAAUCAUGCUAUAGUCCUAGCUCAGCUGUACACUCAGGGCAAGUGUUUUGGCCUACAUGCCUUCAUCACACCCAUUCGCUGCAUGAAGACACACGUGCCACUGCCAGGUGUGGUGGUCGGUGAUAUUGGUCCUAAAUUUGGUUUUGAUGAGGUGGAUAAUGGCUACUUGAAACUGGAGAAUGUCAGGAUUCCACGAGACAACAUGCUGAUGAAGUACGCCAAGGUAGAGCCAGACGGUACAUAUGUAAAGCCUCCCAGUGAUAAGCUGACAUAUGGCACGAUGGUGUUCAUUCGCUCCAUGAUAGUGGGGGAGUCGGCACGAGCUCUCUCCAAGUCCUGUACCAUCGCCAUCCGCUACAGCGCAGUCCGACACCAGUCUGAACUACGUCCUGGAGAACCAGAGCCACAGAUCUUGGACUAUCAGACCCAGCAAUAUAAACUCUUUCCUCUACUGGCCACUGCAUACGCCUUCCAUUUUGUGGGACAAUACAUGAGUAAAACAUACCAUCGCAUCUCAGGAGACAUUAACCAGGGUGACUUCAGUGGGCUGCCAGAGCUGCAUGCUCUAUCUGCAGGUCUGAAGGCUUUUACCACCUGGGCAGCGAAUGCAGGGAUUGAGGUGUGUCGCAUGGCAUGCGGUGGUCAUGGCUACUCCCGCUGCAGCAGUUUGCCUGACAUCUAUGUCACCUUCACACCUACCUGCACUUAUGAGGGAGAGAAUACUGUAAUGAUGCUACAGACAGCCAGAUACUUGGUGAAGAGUUACAAGCAAGUGCGGGCAGGACAGCAUUUGACUGGCAUUGUUUCUUACCUGAACGAACCUCAGAGCAGGAUUCAGCCCCAGUCUGUGUCCUCCCGCCCCACUGUCGUCAAUAUUAAUGACCUGGUCAGUCUCGUGGAGGCAUAUAAACUUAGAGCUGCCAAGUUUGUUGAAAUGGCAGCUAAGAGCCUCCAGAUGGAGCUACAACAUAGCAAGAGCAACGAAGAUGCCUGGAACAACACUUCCAUCGACCUUGUCCGAGCAUCUGAUGCCCAUUGUCACUAUGUGGUGGUGAAGUUGUUUGCUUCUAAACUGAGUGAGAUCGGGGAUACGGCCAUCCACUCUGUGCUCAGCACUUUGGCUCUGCUUUAUGCCCUUCACGGAGUUCAACAGAAUUCUGGAGACUUCUUGCAGACUGGUCAAAUAAGCGUUCCCCAGCUGGCUCAGAUCUCUCAAAGGCUGAAGGGUCUUCUCUCAGAAUUAAGGCCCAAUGCAGUGUCUCUGGUUGAUGCCUUUGACUACCGUGAUGAGAUGCUGAAUUCUUCUCUGGGGCGAUAUGAUGGCAACGUCUAUGAGCACAUGUUUGAAUGGGCCAAGAGAUCUCCUCUCAACCGUACAGAGGUGCAUGAGUCCUACCACAAGUACUUGAAGCCCCUACAGUCCAAAUUAUAAGCUGUGCAUUUAUGACUGGAAGCAAAGUGCUGGUUCAAGAAAACUGUUAACCCUAUCUGGAGAUCAUCUUAUCUCUCAACAUUUGGGUUUCCUGUGCUUCUAGAAGAGUCUCCAUGAUGAGAUGCUGCUGUCAGAGAAAAGAUUGCUUUUUUUCUUUAACAUAUUUGUGAUUAUAUCAGUCUGCAUUAUAAUUAUUUAGAGCAGUAUGUCAUGAUUGCAUUUUCUAGGCACUGAAAAUGAAUUAUAAUUUAAUGUGUUUCCACUUUCUUAUGUAAUUGUAUAGAUUCCUACCUGCUCUCAGAAUAUUUGCUCAAUUUGUGUUUGUCUCUCCAAAGGAUGAUGUUAAAAUAAAUAUACCCUUGAUGCUUUACAAUCAAACAAGUUGAAUUAGAGGGGUAAAUGCUAAAAUACUCACACAACUAUGACUUUAAAUGGAAUACUAAACAUGAAUUUAAAAGCCCUGUGUGGAUAACCUGAGAGUUUAAAAUGAUUAUUGACUGAAGAAUGAGCAAUUUGAGGGUCAGACAUACACCGCCUCUAAAAUGAUGCCUUAACCACACCCUCAAACAGCAAUAUUUGAAUUUUUAGCCUUUUUCACUCUAUAAACUAAGUAUUAGUACAGUUAGUACACUGAUGUAUGAAUUCUGAUCUCUGAAGAAAUAAAAAAUAUAGAUUUCUUACACUUCUCUUAUUUCAACUUUACAAAUAAUUUAUUACUAAUACUUCAAUAAAUUAACCUUUAGAGUGCUGUUUAAAUUGCCAAGUACCUUUCAAAUAUGCUUGUCAGUAUUGUAAUUUUUAGUUUCUAAUUGAACUUUAAUAAAAACAAAAUACAAUUUGUGUAA